AUGAAACAAUAUCAAAGAAGAAAUCGUUCCCUUCAAGCUCAAAACCCGCGAAUUCCAGAUCUACCCAACGAAAUCACUAUCGCUAUUCUAGCAAAAUUACCAGUGAGAUCCCUCUUAAGAUUCAAGAAUGUUUCUAAGCAAUGGCAAUCUUGGAUUUCAAACCCCGAAUCGGAUCUCUCAAAACAACGACGAAGAAGCUCAAAAGCGAUUUUCAAUCAAAAUGGAGGCUCCUUUCACUUGAUAAAUCCAAAGGAGGAUGACAAGUUCAACUUCCAGACUCUUGAGAAUCCUUUAUCGGAAAGCCGUAUUUACAAGGAUAAGUAUUCAAAGCCAUAUCUAAGAUUGUUGGGUUCUUGUGAUGGUCUCGUACUCAUAAGCGCGAACAAGCAUAUUUUCUUGUGGAAUCCUGCUACUCGAUUUUGCAACAAAGUGAUUGAACUCCACCUAUUGACAAGCGAUGAACAUGUUAUAAGUGCUGGGGGACUUUGUUUCGGCUCUUCCAAGAAUGAAUACAAGGUACUUUUCUACGUAUACAAUAAGUCCGUCUGUGAUACUGAUGGUGCUUAUGCUUUGGUUGCAAGUCUUAAAGACAAAAAGUGGAGACGCAUCGAUUGCCCCUGUGAUAUGUUCUCGGCCCGUGAUGGGAUCACAAUGCAUGGGCGGCUUCACUCUAGGGCAAAUCUGGACAACAACUAUUUUAACAUGCACGAGAAUUUAGUCGGAAGAUAUAAGGAUGAGCAUUUACGUUGGAAUCCCGAUAAUGAUAAUGAACCAAUGGAUGGUGAAGAAAGUGGUGAAUCAAAGUGGCAAAAUCACCGACUUUUUGGUCCUCGUAAAGAGGUAAUUUGUUUUGACGCCAUCUCAGAGAAGUUCCACUCGUUAUACAAAAACGAUAACGCUAUAGUUGGUUUAGGAGUUUUAAAUGAUUGUCUAUGUAUGACUUGCGUAGAAUUUGAUAAGCGUCUUGAGAUAUUGGUCAUGAAAGAGUAUGGAAGGAAGGAUUCAUGGACAUCGUUGUUUGUCAUAAGGAAUUCAGAAAUAACGCGUCCCUACAUAUUUUAUCGGUCUCUUUUCAUGUCGAAUAAUGGAAAAUUAGCAUUGAUAGUACGCCAUAAUGGUGUUGUUGCAUACUAUCCUAAGAAUGAUAGUAUGCAAGACAUUCUUGAGCUCAGAUACCAAAAUGAUAUAUCAGUCAUUACUUACGUGGAAAGCUUGAUCUCACCCAUAGAAUAUUACUGGAACGAGGAGCAACACAUAAAAGCAAAAGCAGAUCCAUGA